AUGGCAGAAGAAACGUCUCUCUAUGCAUGCAUACUUCUGCUGUUUGCACUUGGAAUUAUUCAAGAGGGUAAGAAACACGUUGGAUAACACUUGAAUCUUUGCAUUUGAGUUACUUUGAGCUGGACGAAGCUGCACGUUUAUGCUUCUAAAGUCACGUUUUUACGCGCCUCGACUUGAGCUGUAUUUUCAAAGCUUAUCUAUGUAAAGUAUAUUGGACUGAAAAUAACGUUGAAUCUGUUAGUUUCUGUUUACUCCUACGUUAUAACUCGACGAUAAGGGUGAUAUUACAAUUAAUUUCUGCCAUAUGUGCGUAAAAAAGCCUAACUUGUUUUUCCUGAUGUGUAAAUUAAAACGCUGCAAGCCUCUAUAAAUUUAUCAGGAAUUACCACGUUAAGUAUAUUUUUCAUGUUAAAAGAACUCGGGUUUUUUUACGGUUUUGGGGCGCCUGCAUUGCAAAUUGAUCAAUAUGAUCAUCAGCUUUCUUUAGACUUUUAAUAAACCUUUUGAAAGACCUUUAUUUAACAACGUAUCCUUUGCAAACUGACCACAAUGUGAGCUUUUGUCACCUGCAGGUGGAGCAGUGUUGAUACAGACACAGUCAGAAGUGACUGCCAGGUUGGGGGACCAGGUGGUCUUAAACUGUCUGCUGACACAGUCUUGGGAUGUUCGUCAAAUCACCUGGCAGAAGGUCUCACCUGGUGGAGAGAGGACCGUGGCCACCUACAACAAAGACUUUGGUCAGAGAGUGAACGCUAGCUUCAGCGACAAAGUGGAGAUAAGAGACUGUGGACUGCUGAACAGCUCCAUAGUGAUCAGGAAGCUGACACAGCAGGAUGAAGGAUGCUAUAAAUGUAUGUUCAACACCUACCCUCGUGGUGCUUUUUUUGGUCUCACCUGCAUCACACCCUACGGUAAGAAGAAGACUUCUUUAUAAAGCUUAUUUUGCAAGACAAUCAUAGAUAAUUCUCUGUUCUGACUUCAUUGACCUGUUUCAGAGCUGUAUGGACCUGUUCUUCACAUCAGAGGCCAAAACUCCACUAGAGACUUGGUUGUUUCCUGCUCAGCCUCAGGUCGACCUCCUCCCUCUAUGGAAAUCACAUUCCCUCAGCAAGACCUGUACUUAUUAAAAACCAGCUCUGACUAUGUCCUCAACGACAGCACAGUGACGGUCACCGUGACGGCAGUGCUGUCUCGCUUCCAUCAGUACAGCGUACCGGUUGGAUGUGCAGCUCAGGUUCUCUCUCUUCCUCAGACAAAACCUUUCAGGGUGUUUCUGGAGGUUGAAGCAAAGCCUGCAGCUGAGAGUAAGAAAUAUGUCAAGAGCCACAGAUAAACUGAGUAAUAAACACUUUCCUGUUUUAAUGUCUUUUAUUUUUCCAUUUUUUAAAGGGGAAUCUGAAGCAGGUAACAUCAGUCGCAGUAAGUCACUGUUCAGUAUUCUUGCUGUUUUGAAUAUUGACUGCAAAACCCAAUUCUAUUGAAGUUGGGAAAUUAUGAGAAACUUAAUUAAAAACAGAAUACAAUGCUUUGCAAAUCCUUUACAACCUUUAUUCAAUUGAAUACACUACAAAGACAAGAUAUUUAAUGUUCAAACUCGUACAUUUUAUGUAUUUAUUUAUUUUGCAAAUAAUAAUUAACUCAGAAUUUCAUGGCUGCAACACGUGCCAAAGUAGUUGGGACAGGGGCAUGUUUACCACCGUGUUACAUCACCUUUCCUUCUAACAAUACUCAAUAAACGUUUGGGAACUGAGGAGACUAAUUGUUGAAGCUUUGAAGGUGGAAUUCUUUCCAAUUCUUGCUUGAUGUACAGCUUCAGUUGUUCAACAGUCCGGGGUCUCCGUUGUCGUAUUUUACGCUUCAUAAUGCGCCACACAUUUUCAAUGGGGGACAGGUCCGGACUGCAGGCAGGCCAGCCGAGUACCUGCACUCUUUUACUACGAAGCCACGCUGUUGUAACACGUGCAGAAUGUGGCUUGGCAUUGUCUCGCUGAAAUAAGCAGGAAGGGCGUCCAUGAAAAAGACGUUGCUUGGAUGGCAGCAUAUGUUGCUCCAAAACCUGUUUGUACCUUUCAGCAUUAAUGUUGCCUUCACAGAUGUGUGAGUUACCCAUGCCUUGGGCACUAAUUCACCCCCAUACCAUCACAGAUGCUGGUUUUUGAACUUUGCGUCAAUAACAGUCCGGAUAGUUCUUUUCCUCUUAGGCCCGGAGGACACAACGUCCACUAUUUCCAAAAACAAUUUGAAAUAUGGACUCACCAGACCACAGAACACUUUUCCACUUUGCAUCAGUCCAUCUUAGAUAAGCUCGGGCCCAGAGAAGCCAGGGGCGUUUCUGGCUGUUGUUGAUAAAUGGCUUUUGCUUUGCAUAGUAGAGUUUUAACUUGUACUUACAGAUGUAGCGACGAACUGUAUUUACUGACAGUGGUUUUCUUUUCUGAGCCCAUGUGGUGAUACCCUUUACACAUUGAUGUCGGUUUUUGAUACAGUGCCGCCUGAGGGAUCGUAGGUCACGGGCAUUCUAUGUUGGUUUCUGGCCGUGCCGCUUACGUGUGGUGAUUUCUCCAGAUUCUCUGAAACUUUUGAUGACAUUAUGGACCGUAGAUGUUGAAAUCCCUAAAUUCCUUCCAAUUGUACUUUGAGAAACGUUGUUCUUAAACUGUUCGACUAUUUGCUAACGCAGUUGCUCACAAAGUGGUGAACCUCGCCCCAUCCUUGCUUGUGAAUGACUGAGAAUUUUGGGGGAAGCUGCUUUUAUACCCAAUCAUGGCACCCACCUGUUCCCAAUGAGCCUGCUCACCUGUGGAAUGUUCCAAAUAGAUGUUUGAUGAGCAUUCCUCAAAUUUCUCAGUAUUUUUUGCCACCUUUCCCAACUCCUUUGUCACGUGUUGCUGCCAUCAAAUUCUAAAGCUAAUAAUUAUUUGCCGAAAAGAAAUAAAGUUUAUGAGUUUGAACAUUAAAUAUCUUGUAUUUGUAGUGUAUUCAAUUGAAUAUAGGUUAAAAAGGAUUUUCAAAUCAUUGUAUUCAGUUUUUAUUUACGUUUAUCACAAUUUCCCAACUUCAAUAGAAUUGGGUUUUGUAUGUGGUCUUCAUGUUUCUCCUGUCUUCUUUAUCUCAAAGGCAGGACUCUGGUCAUUGUAUCAGCUGUGUUGGUGGUCUCUGUUGGUUUGUCCGUGGCCCUCUUUUUCCUGUAUAAAUUUAAAAAACAGACCAGGUAAUUUUUUUUAUCUGUUGUGUCUCAGUUUUUGAGCAUUUAAGAGUUUUUGAGGCUCUAACUAUUCUGAAAUCCUUCAGUCUAUGA